AGUACAAAGUACCUUAAGAUCUACCCUAUCGUAUACUCUGAGGGGUGGGAGAAAUUAAUGAUUCUUUCCCUUUGACCUCCUGCUCCAGUGUGCGGAAAACGAUUCAUCAACUUGCUAAGCUGGAAGAAGUAUAAAGGGGACGAGGUUCGACAUCUCGAGGGUACGCUUUAAGGAAUUCAGACCUCUAUACACGUCAACCAGCAUGGCGACCCUAUUAUCCCUGCCACCAGAACUGUUUUUAGAGUUCUUCGAACACAUCGACUGGUCCGACACGCCGUCGUCGCUUCUAUCGAUUCGGGCAUCUUGCCGUGCUCUGCGAGACGUCAGCUGGGACGCCUUCGCAGAUAAUUACUUCAAGCAUCGAACCCAUCUCGUGAACGAGGACAGCAUUCAAUGCUUGAUUGAUAUAUCUAAGCAUCCUCACCUAUGUGAGGCUGUUGAAUCGCUCUCUUUUCCCAUUACUCGAAUCGUCGCCCGGAAGAAAGAUCGCGUAGAGGGGAUGUAUGCAAAUCAAAAAUUUCGAAGGUCUUGCGGCAAGGACACAAUGCUCUUAUCCUAUGCCAUGUCCAAUCUUCCGAGCGUGACAGAAAUUUUCAUUAUCGCAGAAGAGGAAAAUACUGAAGAGGAGGACGCCGAAGAGGAAGACACCGAAGAGGAAGAAGCAGAAGAGGAAGAAACUGGGGAUAAAGAAACUGAGGAGGAACUCGAAAAUAAAGAAGCUGAAGAGUUACGACGUCGUGAAAAUAGGAGAUCUGGUGGCAAACAUCGACUCGCCCUAGCGUUGAAAGAAGACAACCUGAAGUUCAACACCGUGUAUAGGCUCUCAGACGCACCAGCAAAAGAGGGGGAUAAUCACUGGGCAUACACUUUUAAUGUUAUCAGCUCGGCGCUCAGCCUGAACGCAAUUGAGCUUCAUACAUUCAACAUUUUUAUAUUCAACAAAGCCGAAGCUGGUCUCCCCAUCGACUGUUUAAAACUUCCUCCUGACAUACAGACAGGCUUAUCAGGGGCAUUCUUCGAAUUGGGGUCCUUGAAUUUGGACCUGGAUAAUCUGGGCGGUAACGGGUUUUACAACAGCUACCCGAUUCUGACCAAUUUUGACCUUUUAACUCAAUUCGUCGGACUUGCACCACGCCUCAAGACAUUAUGCCUCCGCUUCCAGACACACCACGGAGACUGUGCCAGCCUUUUUUCUCACAUGGCUGAGCACCUGCACCUGCCCGAACUGAUCUCUCUCGAGUUGGGAAAGUUCUCUGGCUCGACGGACAGUCUGCUGAAAUUUCUUCACAAACACAAGGGUGUCCUGAAGGAGGUGGCAUUGAAUGAAUUCAACAUUCUUGAAGAACAAGUCGACGACACUUUUCACAGUACAGGCGGCUGGAUGUCGGUUGUACGGGACCUUGAGGAGUUCGGCGUGAGUUUCCUCAUACUUAAAGACUGCUUGGUAAAUGCCCAGUUUAUUCUGUUUAAGCAAGAGGAUGGCACGGUUGAGGAGUCGUUCGCGUUAGAAUCAUAUACAGAUGCUUUGAAACAGAGCCCAGAAGGUUAUCGAAGGAGGCUCAAGGCUAUUCAAGGGACACGAACCGAGCCCAACUUCCACUAUUGAUUAGUAGGAUUUGCAUCCAUAGCUUUGCAAUUCAAAGUGUACAAUCACAGUACUUUGCACGCCUUCAGGAAAGCUUUCCCGCAUAUCCAUACUAUCAAAGCCUGGAAUAACAAAGCUUCAUCCUCAUCCGUCCAGCGAGGGCAAAAAUUUAGUCUGAGGCAUAAAUAUUCCCCUGCUGACAAGGAUAUGCGAAAAACGCAUAGUCACGCGAUGGUAACCCUUAUUCAUCUCGUUUGCCUAUGGUUCUCCAUCUCUGGCUUUAGGGCAU